AUGACAAGAGAGCUCUACCUCUGUCUCAAAGCGUGUUAUGACCAGGUUGAGCCCACACCGAUCAACCCGGCUUGUUGUUUAAUUGAGAUGGCCAACAGGGACAAGCCUGCGGUUGGCCAAUUUGAAGAUAUUGGCAAUGAGGUCAUUCACGAAGCUGGCAGGACGGCCACCAACCCAUUGCUCAUCGAGGGCCCCCCACACGCAGCUCCGGGCAGCUCCGCAAGCCACCCCGUAAUCAUUCCUGACACUCCCAAUCCACCAAUGGCGUCCAUAUUCAUCACCAAGUCAAUAGUUCACAAACUGCUCUGUAUGAUGUCGGGAAUUGUGGAGCGGUCUGAAUCCCAGUUAGCCAACUUCAAGUCAAAUAUCAAGUGCAAAGAGCAAUCCUUCCAAUCCUCCUACAUGUCUUUGGUUCAAAACCACAAACAAGAGAUGGAUCGCUUACUUGCCAGCCAGAUGGCCAAGUUGGUUGUGCAGACACAGAAGCUGGCCCAGGCGCACCAGGAGAUCCGCAACUUGCAAUCCAAAAUGGCAAAGGUGACCGAUGGAUUUGAUUUGAGCUGGUGUCGUUCCACCCACUAG